AUGUCUAACUUAAAGAAACUCAAGGAUUCAAAAUUAGAUGCUGAAGAUGUGGAUGACUUUCUAGAUACUCAAUUAUUAAAAGUUUCUUCAAAACCUAAAGCGAAAAGAAUUCCGAAAAGAAAUUGUUCUGAAACAAUUAAGGAAGAAGACAAUUUAAUUAAUCAAUAUGAAGCCAGUGCAAAAAAGCGAAAGGUAAAAGAAGACACAGAAAUAAAGGAAGGUCCCGAAGAAUCAAGGCAAAAAUUAUUACAUGUAAUGAGUCAACAAUUAAAAACAAGAAAAGAUUGUCAUAGCAAUCUACUUAACAAUCUGUCAGAUGUAAUAAAUCAGCUACAAGUUGAUUAUAAUACUGUUAAAGAUAAUGAACAGAAACUAGAACAUAUGACUGUGGCAAUAAUGAAAUGCUUUCAGCAAUCUGGCAAUGCAUAUAAACAAAAAAUUAAAAGUUUAAAAGAAAUUCAUGCGGCUUUCAAAAAGGAAUCAGAAGUGAUGGAUUAUGAUCACAAGUCAGAAACAGAUAAACUAGCCGAUAACUUAAAGGAGGAUAUUAUAAAAAUACAAAAUAAAGUUAUAGCAGAAACAAAACGAAAUGGACUUGCGGCUUUACGUCGAUCUAUAUUUCAAACUGUUGAAAAUAGUUUUUAACUAAUUGUAAUUUUCUAUUGCUAUUCUAUGAUUUUGUAUAAUUUCGUUGUUAGAA